CAUCCUCUCAAUUUUCAAUAUUCAUUUUAUUAUUAUUAUUUUAUUUUCCCCCGGGUUUUUUUAAUUCCUUUAUAGAUGAAUGUAAUUAUUACUCCAAGGAAAGAGAGUAGUAGCACGGAGCACGUCGCAGUCUGCAUGCUAAGAUUGUAAAAAGAUCUGUGUAAACGUUAGCGUUGGCUGGGAGAUCUGAGGGAAAUUAUUGACGCGUGUCAAAAUUUCUGUCAGUUGACGGACGGUUGAAACACCAGAUCUAAUUCCUUCUGGCCGACAGAAUGUCAUCGUCCUCUGCGCAGCUACGUUUGAUGUCCGACUUGAAAGCCAUUCGAAACGAGGCUCCCGAGGGUUGUAGUGCAAGUCCUCACGCUGAUGAAAAUCUAUUCGUGUGGAGCGCUACCAUCUUUGGUCCUGAUGAGACUCCCUGGGAAGGUGGAAUUUUUGGCUUGAGGUUGAUUUUUGGGGAAAACUAUCCAGAGAAGCCUCCUCGUGUGAGAUUUACAUCGGAUGUCUUUCAUCCCAAUGUAUAUCACGAUGGAACACUUUGCAUGGACAUCAUUCAGGAUGCCUGGUCGCCUUGCCAUAACGUUUGUACAAUAUUGACAUCAAUUCAGUCUCUUCUUACGGAUCCAAACCCUGCAAGUCCUGCAAAUCCAGAAGCUGCUCAAUUGUAUCAGACUGAUAUGCAAGCUUACAACAGGAGAGUGCGGCGAUGUGCUCGGAAAUCUAUUGAAUCUACAUGAUGACCAUUAGAGUCAAUGGAUGACUCCAUGUAUGCUGAAAGUUGUAUUUUGCUAAGCCGUAAUUGCAGUAAAUGAUGUGAAGGUUUCUGUUGCCUUCCUAAUGUGUACAGUUGUUAUUACAAUAGUAAUAGAACUCAGCUAUUACUUUUUGCAAAAACUAUUCAGUUUUUCCAAGAUGCUCGAUUCUCUGUGCACUGGAAUUAAUUUUUUCCUAUAAAGAUGAAUCACCGUACUUAGAAACUUUUUUUUCUA